UACAAGCCUAGUUUCUGUUUCUUCCAUUGUUCUUUGGUCUUCUUUCUCCAACCUUGUCUCUCUGCAUUUUUGUUGCUUUGAGUGUGUAUUGUUGUGCUGUGCUUUUUGUGGACCGAAUUGCCCCUACUCAGAGAUGAUUGAAUUUCGAAGAAAUUUCAAAGCUGGGCUUUGCUGAAGUGCUUUUACUUGAAUUGAACAUCCCUCUCUCUAUGGGAUUUGUCUGCUGCAUUUGAGUCUCCUUGUAAAUAGAAUGAUUCUCACAAAGCAAUACCGAUGUGUACAUUCAGCUAGUUGUCAAUGCACUAAGGGGCAUGUAAGUGAAGAUGUGAUAUUCUUGGUGUUUCAGCAUUUGAAUUGGAACCCCAAGCUAAUUGCUGCUCUGUCAUGUGUGUGCAAAUGGUUUGAUGAUCUUUCGAAGCAAGUUCUAUGGAAAGAGUUUUGCAAAACGAGAGCUCCAAAGAUGAUGCUUGAUCUGCAAUCUAGUGGAAGCCACAGUGUUGAUGGGAACUGGAGGGCUCUAGGGAAGCUUCUUAUAUUCUGUUCAGGUUGCAGGCAGGGUGGUUUGUUCAAUAACGUUCAGGUUCCUGGUCAUUUUGUUAAUAAGACUCGAUUUUCUAGAACAUCAGGAAAGAGCUUUCUCAUGCCACAAUGCAUAAAUGAUGUUUUGUAUGUGUCUGAUCCUUGUGAACAUAUUGGACAAAGUGAAGAGGGUGAUUUAGGAUUCUUCAGAGGAAUUUUCAAGUCGUUUGCAUCGUCAAAUGUCAAGAGGAUGCUUAUUAACAGAGGUGCACAGCUCCAUCAAACCGAGAUUUGCCCGUAUUGUAAGGCAAAGCUGUGGAGCAUGCUGCAGGCUAAUAUGAUUCCACAAACUGCUAGUUGCAGGUUGGGUUCCUAUGAAGAUUAUAUUGAGUAUUACGUGUGCCUUAAUGGUCACUUGCUUGGGGUCUGCACAUUGUUACCAUUGUCUGAUUCAGAAGAUGUGUCUGAGGAGUAAGAUAUUAAUGACUCAGGUUGGCAUUGAAUUCUCCAAUGAGAUUUGGUUGAACACACUGAUGGUCUACUCAAGAAGGGUAAAAUUCUGCUCAGCAACUGCUGAAAUGUUCCAUUAUGAUUCAAAACCUCUAUAUUCCAUUAUGCUUCUUCAUGUUGCUGUCUCAACCCAAGCCGGCAUUUUUCACUGAUUAUUAUAAAUAUUGGCAACAAUUUGUUUUUAAUGAAUCAACUAGAAGGUAGUUACUGAUAACUAUGUGGUAUACCCGUGUAUAUUGAUGUGUGGAUAUUUGACCUGGGUGACAGAUUUGGUUGUGCAAUGAUUCAUACUUGUUAAGAAUUAUUUUGAUUUAGUAGCAUUUUCCAAUUCAAAUUCA